AGUACCUCCCCCACCAUCUCGGUAUAUUAGAGAGAGCCGCCUGCAGAGCGCAUUGUCCGGGUUACAGAGAACAGUAAGCACGGAGACACGGAGCUGAUGUUAUUUUGUACGAGAGACAGACCUACGGAUUGUUGAGUAAUUUUACUUGAAUUUUUUGAACUUCAAAGGAAUAGAAUAUCACAGACUUCUUUAUGGAUUAUAAUGUCCUUGUUUAAUGUUGAAGGGAAAAUGUCUGACAGAACAAUGACACGGCAAGUACUGUUGUUUAUCUCGGUCCUCUCUCUCAGUUCAGUGCACGGGCAGGUCAGUUACUCCAUUCCCGAGGAAAUGGCGAAAGGCUCUUUAGUUGGUAACAUAGCGCAGGAUUUAGGUUUAGAUAUCAAUAGACUGAAAUCAGGUAAAGCUCGUAUUUAUACUGGAGACAGCGCAGAAUACAUCGAGCUGAAUAAAGAAAGGGGAGUUCUCCUCAUCAAAGAGAGAAUAGACCGUGAAGCUCUCUGCGGACAGACAACGCCUUGCGCUUUACAUUUUCAAAUUAUUCUGGAGAACCCGAUGGAAUUGUAUAGUAUUACGGUUGAAAUUACAGAUAUUAAUGAUAACCCUCCAACCUUUGAAAAAAACGAAAUCAAAUUCAAAAUCAGCGAGUCUGCAGUCAAUGGAGCAAAAUUCGUGUUAGAGAGAGCAAUGGAUCUUGACGUCGGUAUCAAUGGCCUCCAAAGCUAUACGUUGAAACCAACUGAUAAUUUCGCUCUGAAAUUGGUUAAUCAGGCAGAUGGGAAUAAGAAGGUUGAGAUGGUUUUACAGAAACCUCUAGAUCGAGAGAAGCAUGAGGAUGUUACUUUAGUGUUGACAGUUGUGGAUGGUGGCGAGCCGCGUAUGUCAGGGACAAUGCAAAUACUCAUCACCGUCCUAGACGUCAAUGAUAAUGCGCCUAUUUUUACUCAGGAGUUUUACAAAGCAACUGUAACUGAGAAUGCCCCAAAAGGUACAGUUAUAACUUCCGUCAGCGCAUCAGAUGCAGAUCAUGGCUCAAACGGUAAAAUUACGUAUUCAAUUACAAACACGUUAGAUUAUGUUCGUGGAAUUAUUGAAGUAAACGAGGACAACGGCGAGAUUAGAUUGAUUGGAAAUAUUGAUUAUGAAAAGACACGGAAUUUUCAGAUCAAUUUAAGGGCAAGUGAUGACGGAGGACUUACAGAUUCAUGCAAAGUGAUAGUUGAAGUAGUUGACACCAAUGAUAAUAAGCCUAAUAUUAACAUUAUGUCUAAAUCAAACGUGAUCUCCGAAGAUGCUCAAAUCGAUACAGUCUUAACGAUGAUCAAUGUGCAAGACCCAGACUCUGGUGAAAAUGGAAAAGUCCAAUGUUCCAUCAAUGAAAACAUUCCAUUUGCGAUGAAAUCCUCGUCGAAUAAUUUCUUUACUGUAGUAACAGACAGUGACUUGGACCAAGAGAGAGCCUCUGAGUAUAACAUCAGUGUGACGUGCUCUGAUGAGGGAGUGCCUUCUCUCUCCAGCAGCGUCACUUUCACCUUACAGAUAUCAGAUGUGAAUGACAACGCGCCUGUCUUUGAGAGGAGCUCAUAUGAGGCCUACAUUAUAGAAAACAACACACCGGGCCUCUCUAUAUUCACAGUGAAAGCCAGAGACGCUGACUGGAACCAGAAUGCCCGUGUUUCUUACAUACUGGAGGACUCCUCGGUUAACGGAGUGCCCGUCUCCUCAUAUGUGUCCGUUAGUGCUGAUAGUGGAGUCGUCCAUUCAGUGCGCUCUUUUGACUACGAGCAGAUCAAGGAUUUCCAGUUCCGUGUAAAAGCGCAAGAUGGAGGCUCUCCUCCUCUCAGUAGCAAUGUGACUGUGAAAAUAAUGAUCCAGGACCAGAAUGACAACGCGCCUCAGGUUCUGUACCCAGUCCAGACUAGCAGCUCUCUGGUGGCUGAAAUGGUCCCUCGUUCAGCAGAUGUGGGCUAUCUUGUCACUAAAGUGGUGGCUGUUGAUGUGGACUCUGGACAGAACGCCUGGCUCUCGUAUAAACUGCAGAAAGCGACAGACAGGGCACUGUUUGAAGUGGGUUUACAGAAUGGAGAAAUAAGAACUAUACGUCAAGUCAAUGAUAAAGAUGUUGUGAAACAAAGGCUCACUGUUGUAGUGGAGGACAACGGGCAGCCCUCUCGUUCAGCUACAGUCAAUGUUAACGUGGCAGUAGCGGACAGCUUCCCUGAAGUGCUCUCGGAGUUCACUGACUUUACGCACGACAAGGACUACAAUGACAACCUGACUUUUUACUUAGUCUUGGCUUUGGCUGUAGUUUCAUUUAUGUUCAUCACAUGUUUAGUGGUUAUUAUAUCAGUGAAAAUAUACAGAUGGAGACAGUCUCGCGUCCUCUAUCAUUCCAAUCUCCCGGUUAUUCCGUAUUAUCCACCGCGUUACGCAGACACUUUGGGGACAGGAACUCUACAGCACGUGUACAAUUACGAGGUGUGCAGGACGACUGACUCCAGAAAGAGUGACUGUAAGUUCGUCAGACCCUGUAGUCAGAACGUACUGAUAAUGGACCCCAGUUCUACAGGGACGAUGCAGCGGAUGCAGAGUGAACAGAACAUCCUGGAUGAACCAGACUCCCCACUAGAGGUCUGUUAUAUUUUAAUCAAUAUAUUUUCCCUAAAAAUACGAUUUUCUGUUGUUUAUCCAUCGCGUGAUUUUACCUGUUUGAAAUCCAAUACGCACCUACAAGAUUUAAUGGUCAGACAUGCUCUUCAUUCCGCUGAUAUGUGACCA